GAGAGGGAGGGAGAGCACAACAUCUAUUCGAUUGAUGCAUGCCAAAAAUAAGGACAGUUUCAACAGCUAGCGUACUGCCUCUCUCCAUCCCUACCCCUCUUAUAAUAUCUGUAUUUUCUUCCUCCUCCGCUCUGAGCAUUUGGCUGAGUGGUUGCACUGCCGGUCAGUCUGCCGCUCUCAUCUCUGAAUGCACCGGGGAUGAUGGUGUAAAUGAGCGUAGGCCUAGGCUACUUGAUGGUGUAAAUGAGUGUAGGCCUAGGCUACUUGAGGACUGCCUGAGAGCGGGAGAGAGGUAAAGAGACAGCGAGAGAGGCAGCAAGGUACUCAGUGAGGACUGUCUGAGAGAGAUAGAGGGAAGAAGUGUGGGUGAGGCAAUAAGAGAGGCAGGAUGAUGAGUGUAAACAACGGCGGGAUGCAGACCGGCCAAGACACAGCACCCAACGGCACAGCAAGAGCAUCCUGGGAAAGAACCAACACUAUGUCUAACCCAUCCACCCCCACCAAGCAUCUCAAAUCGCCUAAGCCUCAGAAUGCCAUCACCAUUGCGGUGUCAUCGCGCGUCCUCUUCAACAUGGAUAAGGAGCAGCAGAUCUACGAACAGAAAGGCAUGGAGGACUACCUCAAGUACCAGAUAGAACACGAGACAGAGCCCUUCGGCCCUGGUCCUGCUUUUCCUUUCGUUAAGGCUCUGGAGGCAGUGAAUACUCGGCUGAGGGAACUCUACCCUGAGAGUGAGGAGCUCUUUGACGUUGUGCUCAUGACCAACAACCACGCACACGUCGGCCUCCGACUCAUCAACACCAUCAACCACCACCGGCUGUUCAUUGAGCGUUUCUGUAUGACGGGUGGGAACAGUCCCAUUGGGUACCUGAAGGCUUACCACACUAACCUGUACCUGUCUGCUGACCCCAUGAAGGUCAGAGAGGCCUUGGAGGAAGGGAUUGCGGCAGCCACCAUGUUUAACCCACCGGAGAAGAGAACAGAAGUGUCAGAGACUCAGCUGCGGGUGGCCUUCGAUGGGGACGCAGUGCUCUUCUCUGAUGAGUCAGAGCGCAUCUUUAAGGCCCAUGGACUGGACAAGUUCUUUGAGCAUGAGAAGGCACAUGAGAACACGCUUCUUGACCAUGGGCCACUGAAGGGGUUCCUGGAGUCUCUGGGGAAGCUGCAGAAGAAGUUUUACGCCAAGGGCCAGCGUAUGGACUGCCCCAUCCGCACCUACCUGGUGACGGCACGCAGCGCAGCCAGCUCAGGCACCCGGGCCCUGAAGACACUUCGAUCCUGGGGACUGGACACCGACGAGGCCCUCUUCCUUGCUGGGGCCCCUAAGGGGCCUAUGCUGGAGAAGAUCCGGCCUCACAUAUUCUUUGACGAUCAGAUGUUCCAUGUGGAGGGGGCUGCGGAGCUGGGGACUGUGGCGGCUCAUGUGCCCUAUGGUGUGGCUCAGAAAUGGCCCCAGAAGAAGCUUGCUGAGGAGAACGCUAAAGACUCUAGCGCUGCCACCAAGUAUUCUGUACCUCACCAUCUUCCCUAUCCCUGUGACAGCAAGGGACAAUAAAAUAACAUUGUCAAUUUGAAGGAGACAGUGGUUCUGUAAGUCCUUUUCAGUCCCCUCUUAGUUGUCUGGGUAGUGAAGCCCAUAGUACAUGACAAUUGCAGGGGCACAGAGUGAGAGCAUGCUGUUUUCACGCAUGCCAUGUGAUCGAGGAUUCCUCACAAGAGGAGGCGCCAGUAUACCUAAAAGAAAAGCUUCAAAUAUCGUCAUGCUUGCAGUAAUGUUAGUACACUAUGCUAUCUGUAUCAUAGCAUUAAAGGUCCAAUAACAUUUUUCAUCUAAAAAUCAACCUAAACAUAUGCUACACAAUAUUUAUAGAGUUUACAAAUCUGUGACUUGUAGCAACAACAUUAGAUUUUGUUGACGCAUUCAAAUUAUAUGAAACUCCAAAACCAAAACAUUUAAAAAUGUUAUAAACGUACAGUAGGCUAUACCUGUAUCAUUUCAGCAUAUCACUUAGGUUGAAAACAUGUUUACUGAAUAUGUAUUGUAUGUUAUUGAUGUAAUAUUUUGCUCUGGUCUUUUGUUUCUAAUCUAGACACCUUUUAUUGUACAUUUGCAUGGUCCUCAUGCAAGUUACUGUAUGUGCUGUAAUGAGAUGGCAACCUAAAGUGCUAAUGGACAAUCUCCUCUCUCAUUAUAAACAUGGAUGCUGAUCCAUUCCGUAAAGACUCGGCUUCUUUGAGGAGAUAUUGGCAUAAUGUAUGCUAACUUAAUUA